AUUAAAGGAACUCGAUAUGAAAGAAAUUAUCUUGAUCCUUUCAAAUGAGGAUAAGUUGCUUGGAGAAGAUAGCGUUACAGAAUGGCCUCGAGGUCUCCUCGGUAAAGAUGCAACAAGAGAGAUUCUUCAUACAAGGAGAUAUCAAAAUGUUUACCUUAAUUUAAAGCAGGAGACGUUGAAGGAACAACCGUCGAAUAGUAUAAUGACAUUCGUAUUCGCAGGAAUUCUUAAUCAAAUUCAUUUCCAUAUAGCAUUUGAUUG